CGAACCCACUUUCCCCCUCCCCGUCCACACCUAACCUUUUUCUCUCUCUCUCUCUCUUUCUCCCUCGAUCGAAACUAUAAAAUCCCAGUCGACCCACUUUGCCCCCCAUUACCACGGACAUCUCCGGCUUUCUCUCUCUCUCUCUACCCAAAUCUCAGAAGCCUUCUCUCUCCUCUCUCCUAUCCCUCGCGCACUUGGCAACUACCUUUCUCGGCUGAUUUUCUUUUUCAUUUUCUCGAGAAAAUCGAACUGCCCACUAUAUAAAACCUAACUUUUCCCCAAUCAUCCCACUUCAACCCAUACGUCAUCCCCCCCCUUCUCUCUCUCUCUCUCUCUCAGCGCGGGUUGACCUUACGUUACUUCGUGACUGUGUCAUUUGAAGCUGAAGACGUUUCUCUCGCCCGUCUCUGUCUCUCCGUGAUGAUGGAAGAGAAGAACGACAAGAAGCGAGCGCGAGAUGACUCGGCCGUCGACUCGCCCGUGUCGAACCUCGCGUGGGUCGACUCGGAGCUCGGCUUGCCCGAGUCGAAGCGGGUCCGGGUCGGGUCCGAGCCGGACCUCGACUCGGCCAACUCGGAUCUAUGCUCGCCGGAGGCGAAGCGGAUACAGGAGGACCUGCUCAACAUACUCGACGACUCGGAGGGCGUCGCGGACCGGGAUCCGGCGAUCCAAGGCCUCGAUUCCGUCAUCAGAAGCUUCGAGGAGGAGAUACUCCUCCCUCAGGGGCAGUCCGUUCUAGAUCUGUGUUUGGAAGCGGCUGAGACCCGGUCGGAGCUGGGUUACCUUCUGGAAGCUUCCGACGACGAGCUCGGUCUCCCUCCGAGCUUCGGUUCCUCCGCGGAAGACGACGGGAAGGCCGCCGACGGCGAGUUGCCGGCGCCGGCGACCCCCGGCACGCCGGCCGGGUUGGGAUUCUGCGAGACGAUGGCCUUUGAGAACGAGAUGACGGGUUACGACUCAUUCGAGUUUGCAUCCGAGGCUAGCAACAGUAAUAACCGUGAAGCGGGCGACGAGUUUGUGAUGUUGGGCGGGUUGUUUGAUUUCCCGGAAAGUAGUUGUGAACCGGACGACGGGCCGGAGAUGUUGUGGCGGCCGGAGUCGUUGCCGGCGAUUUGACCCGUCGUUUUUUCCAAAGGGGGAAGUUUCUGGUCGCCGGGCGUUUUAUGGGCGCCGGAACGCUUCCUGCGACGCAGACGGUUGUUGAUAUCGAUAGGUUGUACAUGUCCACAAAAAGGAAAAUCCUGAUUAAGUGUUCACGUGAAGGUGGUUGAACGAACAAAACCUAAUCGGCCUGUGCGGACAAUUUUUUUUUUUUUUGGUUUUAUUA